AUAAUACUACGAAGUUUGUAUGUAUAAAUGAUGUUUCUUUAAUAUUUCAUACGCACGUCAACGCAGAAGGUUGCUGCAAGCAUCACCAAUAGCUAAUUGCUGCCAAAUGAUCGUCGCUCGCCACCACUAGGUAUAGCGACGACGUCUUCAGCAAAUAAUAGACGUUGACGACGACGACAAUGGUCAUAGGCCGCCCAUGUGCGUGCGUAGAGAGAUAUACCUAGGUAGAGAGCAAAAGAAGCAAACGUCAUUGUCGUUCGUAUUAAUGCACGCGCGGGUGGGUGGACGAACGAAUUCGCGAGAUUCAUGGUUGUUCUAAAUAUUUUUCUGAUUUUCCUGCUUCAUCAUCCACCAGCACCAACACGAUCCGAUCGUUCUUGUUGUUGUCGGUCUGCCAAUGAAAGAUCGAACGUGCUUGCGCAUGGUUUGGGGUAGGGAAGUUUAUUUCUUUUUUGUGUAAUACUUAUUUUAUACUUUAUUACUUGUGUAUUCAUGAUAUUCAUAUGUUAUGUUGAAGACACGUAGACACUAACGUAUUCAGAAAAUUUCCGUUAAGAAGAGAACCUUCAAGGAUUCGAAUCUAUACGCUCUCAAGAUGGCCUUAUUGAACAACUUUGCGUCUGCCUUGUCGACUACAAAGAAUCAAAACAUUAUAACAAUCAGUGUUAAUUCUGAACCGGGGAAUUCUGAAGUCCUGAUCAUUCUUAGGCAGUCGAAUAUCACAAAAGAAAUUCUUCGAAAAUUUUGGGGAAAACCGCCAAGUCACUUUACGUGAUGCUCAAUCCAACAACUGUCAUUGGCGUAUUUGUUGUCGUUGAUGAUGAUUAGUCGCAGAUGCGAUGUAGGUAUUUCAAUAGCAAGGAUUUGCGUUUGUAAUAAAAACAGUCGAGACAACCGCUGUUGCGCUAAACCUGGUAAACCGUUGCUCUCAUUUCUCACGAUGACUGGUGGACGGUGGUUCAUUACAUCCGUCUGACCUGGCAAACGCGUGAGAUAUAGGUAGAUGUGGAUUUGCGAUUUUACACACUCUUUCUUUAUGUUUCGAGUGGUGUUGUUGACAUUGCAGUUGCAAAUGCGACCGACCGACCGACGAUGACCGCACGAAAAUGGGUGCAUCUUCGCGCACGGACAACGUGUGGAUUCUCUUUGUUUAUACGGGUUGAUGCAUGUGCAGCGGAAACAACCGGCCAGAGCUGGGAAGUGUCUUUGUUUUGAUUAUUUUUACGCGCCAGAUGCGAGACGAUGAUGAUGAUGACGGGUCAUCUCUCUGAAGGUGAAGGUACGAAAUUGUUUUCGUUUAUGGGUGUUCUGUACCUUACCUAUUACUGUUAGUGAGGAUUUCAGCGUUAUUCACUUUAUUAUUUGUUUUAUUUUGGGCAAACUACUUAUAAUUUUGGGCAAAUAACUUAUACUGGUGGAACCAAGCAUUAGCACGAAGAAGGUUGAAGGAUAUUCAAGUAAAGCAGAAGAAUCAUUGAACAAUUCAGAGUUGUCCUGAAUACCUCCUUAUUGUCUGUCCCAAGAUCGUUGCAGAUGUUUCUCGUUGACCAACAUUCGAUCGCAUAGCAUAGCCAAUCAUGACGUUGGUAUUUAGACAAUGCACACGUCUCAAUGGUCGCACAUCCAACGACUUCUCGUGCGCGCCAUGGUUUCAAAUCUAACAACUAUACCGGGUACCAUCAAACAGUGUCAAGCGUAGUACAUCACCAACGGCCUGAGGGUUGGUGUUCCUAAGUCGGUUAAAUUUAGAUUAGUCAUCCGUGCGACUAGCGCGAACAGUGUUUAAGUUACCGAGAGAGUUCUCAAUCGCAAAAAGAAGCACACUGAUGGUUGUGGGGGUUUCUUCGCCGUCUGCCAUAACAACACAAAACAUAGCAUAGUAAGCACUGUGAGAUAGGCGUUCGAGGUGUUCGACCUCAUUGAUCGACUAUUUUCAAGCCUUGAUCAGUGUCAUCAAACGAUGGUAUGCCCACGGUUUGUUUGACUGUCGUCCUAACGAAAUACGCCGCAUACCAUUCCGCACUACGAAUGUUGACGGUUACUUUAUAGGAAAGUACAGAUAGACCCGAACCAAUCGUACCCGAAAGUACGACGAAAUCUCGGUUCUGGAGAAUCGAACUCUUCCAGAACCGAGAUAUUCCUCCAGCCCCAUCAGUGCACACCAAAAAAAAAAAAGAGCGGAUAGGAGGCACAGCGUAGAGCAAUGGAGUCUAGAAUAUUGAAUGCAGCUGCCGCGAGGGCAGCUCCCACCUCGGCACAUUUUAUCGCCGGCGAAAGGAAUCACUCCUUUGCCGGUGGUUAUCAGCAAUUUACAAGCGAAAACCUUCAAUACACUAUACCGGCUGUUGGGCACCAUUACGGUAAUGCGUUUGCUCCCGACGGCGAGGACGACGAUGACGAUGAAGAUGGUUUAGGUUCCGUUACCCUAGGCACGUAUAGUCAAUCAAUGAAUGUAGCUAGCACAACCGAUGGGGAAUGCUAUGAUGAAGAGGAGGAAGAAAUUGAUGAGGACGUCGAAAUGUCGCCAGCAAUCGAGGUGAUCUCGAUCGAUCCAAACUGUGACUACGAUACCGAUGAAGAGGAUGACGAGGAGGAGCAGGAAAUCGAAGAAACGAUAGUAGAAGAACAUCCAGUAGUGUAUCAGGAAGUUAUUACCAAUGAUGUUCCCGUUGUGGAACAAGCUCCUAGUAUAGGGGUAGAAAUUGUAGAGCAACCAGUAAUUGUACAGGAAACAGUGCUUGAAAAUGUGCGCGCUCAAGUAGAGUUAGAGGGAGAUGUGAUAGAAGGUCUGGAAAGUGAUGACAUUGAACCAGAGUUGGAGAACAUUCAUCGCGAUUCUGAUGAGGAUGGUUCCGAUAGUGAUAGCAGUAGCGAUAGUAAUAGCAGUAGUAGUGACAGCAGCGGUGAUAGCGAUAGCAGUAAAAAUAGUCAUAGCAAAAGCAGAAGCAGGAGCAGUUCAUCCAGCUCAGGUAGCAGUAGCAGGUCCACGUCCACUGCGUCCAGUCAUCCGAGUGACUUCGUACAUGGAUCUGAUCAGGAAGAAGAUGCGAUAUCAGUGCAGCGGGAAAAUCUAGCAAAGGUUAUAGAACGCCGCAAAUUGAUGGCGAUAGAACGUCGCAAGCGUACGACUAGUAUAAACAGAAAGUCGUUUUCGUUGCCACAUUCACCGGUGGCCGGCACCAGUGGUGGCAUAUUGCAUGACAUGACAAGCUUAAGUUUCGAAGAUCUGGACGUUUCGGCUAUAGUAAACAACCUUAGCCCAUUAAAGAUACCGAUACGUGCCAGUGAAUCGGAUGAUAAAUUGGUGCAAGAGCUGGCAGAAAACAACUUCGAUCUUGCAGCCUACAUAACGGAAGAAGAUUUUGUGACGACUGAUUCAGAAAAACGAGAAGCGCAAAAUCAAAAACCGAAAGUCUCUCCAGUGAAGAAAGCACCUAAAUCUCGUGGAAAGCAGUUAAAGAUGUUGCGAGAACUGAUGAUUUCACCAAAGUCCGACAGUCAUGAAUCCGGAUUUUCCAAAAGGACCUGCACAAACAAAGCCAAGCGAAUAGUAGACGACAGCGGGUCAGAUUCCGAUGAUUCCGAAUCCGAAAGCGACACUAGACAAUGCGUAAAGAUUUUCGGAAUCGAAAGGAUGAUCGGUAAACCAAAGCGAAAAGACGACGACACAAGAGCGGAUCCCACGUGGAAUCCCAACGGAACGGCAACUGCCAAGCAGACACCACGACUUGCUCAGACUCAGAAACCUAUUGCACCGCCAUUAGUAGCACCAGUACAACAGCAGUCUAGUAAACGAAACGAACCCCAAUCGGCACCAGUCAAAGCCAGUGAACCCACAAAACCUGUAAAUACUACUAAUAACAAAAACAAAUUGCUUAGCGCUGGAUCGCAAUUAGCACGUAACAAAAUGCUUUCGUUGAUGGCCAAAAACAAAGUGCCAAUGCAGGCAGCUAAACAGCACUCGAAGUCAACCGGAAGUGUCACUAGCGGUAGCAACAACAAGUCAUCUGAACAACCAAAAAAGAAACAAGUCAUCGUAAAUAACAACGUAAAACUAGAUCACGAUUACUGUUCGCCGAAGAAAGGCUCCGGUCAAAAUGCGGUAGCACCGGCUCCGCAGCGGAAAGCGAUAGAAAUUCCAUUCUUAUUACCUACCCUAGAUCAGCUUCGGCAGAAGAAAAAACUUUCUAAAAACAAACAGCAGCUUGAAACCACCAGUAAGAAGGUGAAAACAGGCGCUGACUGUGAUAAGAAGGAUAAAGAACCCAGUAAAACUAGCAGCGAGCAACGAAACGAUUGCGAAACUAAAACGAUUGUUAUUCCGGUUGUAAAACAAGAAAUCACUAUUAAGGAAGAAUCGAAAGAACGGAUAGAAACAAAUACAAAUAGACUGAACCCUGUCCCAACCGCGCAAACGAAACAAGUCUCCUUACUGAAAAUUAAUCAGAACAAACCGAACGGUGUGCAAACGACCACCUGCAGCAUUAAAGUAGAACCGUCUGACGAGAAACCCAAGGCUGAAUCAAUCAAUGCAACCAGUAGCAACGAAUCUAUCGUUAAAGUUAAGAAGAAACUAAACCUUCAGGAAUACAAAAAACGUCGCGAGCACCCUGCAGAUGAUGGAACGAUGCAGCAUGCGGAUGCGACGGUGGUUACGGAGAGCAGUAGUUUGAGCAGCAUCAGUAGCACUUCAAUCACGAGCGAAUCCAGCAGUAGGGACGAGCAGGACAGUGCCUCUGCUGCAGCACGGCAAGAAGCGCAGAAGCCAUCCAAAUGUAAAGCUCCGCUGGAUCCCAUUUCGGCGGCUAAACUGAAAGCUCUGCGAGCGCAGCAGCUCAAAAAAGAAGCCGCCAUCAAAUCAACGGAAGCGAAAAUCAUCCCGAAAACGGUCCCGCAGAUUGUGCCGUUGGUUGAAAUCACUUCCAUCAAAUUCGACGAACAUGGAAAUCCCAUGCCCUACGACAAGAAUGCCGAGAAGGAUGCCAACGAGCUGAAAUUGCACAAGGAUUUCGAAGAAAUUAUAAUCGUCUCGAUGGGUUGCAACACAGACGUCAGCAUCAACCCACGGGAACCAAACAAGAAAAUGGUUAAAACGGAACAACUGGACAAAAACAUUCCGAAGAAUGAGCUACUGUCUAACAUUUCCGAUACGAUCAAGCGGUGUCAGUCGUCGACACAGGGCAUCAUUUCCAGUAGUUCUUUGAUAUCCAGUAUCCACGAAGUGGUGAUCCGGAAGAAAACCUGCAAUAAGACUGAGUCAAUCGAUGUUGUUACUACGGCAACAUCAACGGAGAAACGGCCAGUUGGAGGAGGCCAAGCCAGCCAGCAAGGGUCUCCAAAUGUGGGCGUUUCACCACCCAACGCAUUCUCUCCUGGAAAACCGGAGAAAGCGGGUGGAGCGUACGACCAAUCACCCUCGUUCGACUACGACGACGGUCAGCUUCAGCAAACAGCUGAAAAAGUCAAACCAAGCGAGCAUGGCGAAGACAAAGUUAUCAUGCAUUUACGAAAGGACCGACAACGAUUGAAGGGAGUUUCUAUUGCCAUACAAACGUUGCCGGUGGAUCGUUUUCCCGAACUUAAACGAUUACCUCCCCUUGUUAAAAAAGAACGAACUGUGUCUCGAAGUAGCUGUGGAUCGGCUCAACGAAGUCACAGUCGUCAAAGUAUCGGCAGGAGUCGCGAUCGACAACGGCGCCAGUACCGGAGGCGUCGAAGUAGGAGCUUAUCUUCAGAGCCAGAAACCCGCACUAGGUCUUCCAAUUCCUUCUGUAACAGCAUGCAGCGAUCGUCUUCCCGGAGAAGCCGCAGCAGGUGUAGUAGUUCCAGGCGAAGAUCCCGAUCCCGAUCGCGGUCCAGAUCCCGAUCGUACAGACGGCGCAGUCGCAGCGAUUCGCGCCGUCGGAGGUCUAGUGUUUCCUCGGAAAGGCGGCGCUACUAUGAACGAGACUAUUCCCGACGCGGUCGAAGCAGUAGAAGGAGAAGAUCGCGUAGCAACUCAUCGCAAUAUUCUUCUAGCAGUAGCUCCAGUUCCAGAUCGCGAUCGCGUUCGGAGUCGCGUUCCAGCAGAUCCCGAUCGCGAUCUUUGUCCCGUCCAUCCUCGCGGGCUAGAAAUCCACCCCAUAAUGAAUAUCGUCGACCUGCUUUAUCGCCAGAGCGUAAGAUUGUUUACGUGGGUCGACUAGAACCGGCGCUGAAACGAGAGGAUCUCAAGCGAAAGUUCGUUCAGUAUGGGCGCAUCAAGCAGGUUACUUUGCACUAUAAGGAAUCCGGUGCAAAGUAUGGAUUCGUUACGUUCGAGAAGCCACAGGAUGCGUACAAAGCCAUCGAUGCGAGUGCGAAGGAUCCUGCUCUGAGCGAGUACGAUGUGAGCUUUGGUGGCAGAAGGGCGUUCUGCCGGACGGAAUACGCCGAUCUGGAUGGUGACCUCUCGCAUGACCACGAAGCCGUUGUUCCCUUCAUAGCACCGGAUGGGUCCCUGGUGAUGGCCCCCAAUCCGAUGACCGCGAUGCCCCCCCGCAAAGACGACGGCGACUCCUUCGAGGAACUACUCAAGAAACUGAAGAAGGAAAUCAGUGCCAAAAAGCCACGCAACUCAUGACCGCAAAGCAACGACCCGCGUCACACAGCGUGCUGGUUUUUGUCCAACCAUAAACGGUACUCUGACGGUGCACCACCAGCGCCGAUUCGUAAAUACCUCCAGAGAAUAAUGUUUUUCUUUUUUUAAUGUCUACUACCCGCAACUUCAACCACUUACUUACGGGUUUAAUGUUAAAAUUUUAUUCUAAACACACUAUUGGCAAUCGCGUUUAACAGUGUCUUCUAACUUUAACUUUGAAACGUUAGUUUUUGGUUUUCCAGUUUUUGUCACGUGCAAUGCAACGCAAUUUACCAUCCUCAAUUUUUCGAUUGUGCUAUGAUAGAGAAAAAACGAUACUUAGAUUAUUCUCCUAUCACCGGUGCCAUUGCAGCAAAGUUAUCAUUGUAAUAUAUAGAAAGACAAAUAUUUUACAGGGAACCUGCAUCCCCCCCCCAUAACAAUUUGAUUAGUUUCUGAUGUUUUGUUGAUAGCAAUGCGCGAAUAUUCAACAACAUUGCAUCAGGUAUCGCAAUGUUACAAUUUUACGGCAAAAGUAACUCGCCCUCCCACAUCGAGGCAAAAUAUGUCGCUUGAUGAAGCUGUUAUAUGUUUUUGAAAAAUAUUAAAUCAUAACAUUGAAACCCUAUUGUUCAACUUUUGUUUAUUAAGUUAAUUUGUACACAUGAUCGCAAAUAAACUGUUAUCGAAAAAAAAUUCUUCCAACGAAAUCGCAUACCUUACUUAAUGCUUCAUUUUUUUAUGUUCUUAUGCACAGCCACGUGCGAUGCAAAUACAUAUUACCAUGCCGUUAAUCUAGAUCGGUUUUAUUCAAUCAACAUACUCGUUUGUUCAGUUCUUCGACAUCAGCAAUUUGCUCGGAAGAAGAAGAACGCUGAUUUAUACAUUAUUGUUAGGCUAAGUUAUAGCAAAACGGCGACGAUUAAAUAUUAAAAUCUGUGAUUUUUGACUAUGUAAUAAAAUGAACGUGUUUCAAACCCUGAUUUGAUUUUUGUCAAACAAAUAUUUACUUUAUUGCAUAAUUUAGGUAUAGAAUGGUAGUGGAGCGCAGUCUUAAAAAAAUGCGCUCUGCUUCAUUGAUCAGCUGGAUAGGUAGGUUCAUAGUUUCAAAUUAGUUUUGUUAUGUCCCAACUCCCAAUUGAUUAGAUAGAUGUUUUCCUAACCAUUAUGGCUAACUAGGUUUUUUUUAGUUUUUACAAUUAAUCUAUACCCCUUUAUUUCACUAUAGGUACUGCUCGCUGUUUUUGUUAAAUAAAAGUUUGAAAAUCAA